GUGACGACAAGUCACUCUUUUGCUGAUUUCAGGCGUAUCUUUUGGACAUUUUUAGAGUCUGUCCAUGGGAAUUGAAAAAAUCUCUGUGGAUUAUGAUGCGAUCAAUGAGAAGAAUACUUUUUCCAAUGGGGAUUACUUGAUUGGAAGAGUCACCGUCCAUGUCUCCAGUCCAACAAAGAUCCAGAGCUUGGCCAUCAAGGCAAAGGGCAAAGCCAGAGUCAUGUGGAGUGAGCACUACGGCCAAACUACAGUGGUGUACUAUGAUAAAGAGAAAUACUAUUCUGAGGAGAAGUUCUUACUGAAGGAGUGGCAGAGUCCUUCUGGGUCCCUGGAGCUUGUAGUGGGUCGACAUGUGUACCCAUUCUCAUUUCAGCUUCCAGUCAAAGAUAUGCCAUCGUCUUUCAAAGGUUCAUAUGGCAAAAUCAGAUACAGGUUGACUGCCAGACUGAGCAGAUCUCUACAUGUUGACAAGAAAACCAAGACAAACUUCACCUUCGUCUCAAAGCCCAACAUGGCAGAUCCUGGCCUUACGGCACCGCAGUAUGGGAGCAAAGACAAAGACGUAUCAUUCUUUGCCUCUGGAAAUAUUUCCAUGAACAUUUUUACAGACAAAAUGGCCUACCACCAAGGAGAAGCGGUGCCAGUCAUUGCCGAAAUCAUGAACAACUCAACACGCAAGAUCGUUCCCAAGUUCUACAUCUACCAAAAGCAGAGUUUCUUUGCUCAGGGACGCAGGCGUGUGGUCACGAACGACAUCUUGAAAGAGAAGGGUCACAAGCCCCUGGAGUCGUCUACAUCAGAGACCAUAACACAGAAGAUGACCAUCCCUAAGGAACUGCUCCCCUCCGUCCUCAACUGCCGCAUCAUCAAGGUGGAGUACAGGAUCAAGGCCGUUCUCAGUGUUUCCAUGACCAGAGAUCCGCAGAUAAAACUUCCUCUGAUUGUGCUGCCAGAAGAACAUGAUUGGCCAACCAAUACGAAGGAAGCAAAGCCAUCGUCUGAUUGGCCAACCCAUAAAAAGGAAAAGGCAAGGCCAGAGCAUGAUCGGCCCAACCAUAACAAGGCAGCAGCACUGCCGGCAUGUGGCCAGCCAAUCCAAAAGUAUGAAGCCGCCCCACCAGCAUAUGAUUGGCCCACUGAGAAGCCUAAAGAAGCCCCACCAGCAUAUGAUUGGCCAACUCAGAAGAAUGAAGAAGCGCCACCAUCAUAUGAUUGGUCAAUCCAGCAGAAUGAAGCAGCACCAUCAGCGCAUGCUUGGCCAACCAAUAAGGAAGUAGCAGGCGCAGCAUACGCUUGGCCAACCAAUAAGAAAGCAGCAGGGGCAGCAGGGGCAGCAGGCGCAGCAUACGAUUGGCCAACCAAUAAGGGAGCAGCUGGCGCAGCAUAUGCUUGGCCAACCAAUCAGGGAGCAGCAGGCGCAGCAUACGCUUGGCCAACCAAUAAGGAAGCAGCAGGCGCAGCAUAUGAUUGGCCAACCAAUAAGACAAAGCCAACAAAGCCAGAGUAUGAUUGGCCUGAUAAAAAGAAGGAAGCAGGUUGGCCAGAGAAAAAGAACUGGCCGGAUGAUGAAGACCACACCUGUCUGUGACUAGUUAGUGUUGAAGGUAAAAGCUUGGACAUCCAAGCUGACCUGGGAGCAGGACCAAUACAUAGCCAGAUAAAAAAGAGAGAAAAG